UUAGACGGCCGCGAUCGCACCCAGCCCAUGCAAGGAGACACCCGACAGACAGUAAACGCUCAGCAAUGCUAACGCGUCCCGGUGGAAAAGUAUCGAAUAAAAAAACAACUUUUUCUUGCUUUGUUUCUACGCGAGAAUGCUGCGGACGAUAGCUUAAUGCACGGGAAACACUCCAAGCGAGGAAGUUUGGCGCGGCGUGUUAAAUUCGCUUCAAGGCAACCAUAAAAGGAGCAGAUGAGUCUUGCAUUGUUGUUUCCAAGUUGAACGCUGCUCUACUCAAAAGAAGAAAGAUGAAGAACACAAUGAUGACAAAAUGGUGGCGACAGACAAGGUUUCUGGUAAGCUGAGUUCCACUCUCUCAUGGGUGAAGAAGUCUGUGUCGCACACGGUCAGUCAGAUGGCUAGCCAGGUGGCCCCGCCCACAUCCCUGCCGACCUCCGCCUCCGCGCCGUCGCUGUCUUUGCCAUCCUCACCGCCUCAGCUCAGCCCCGAUGACGUGGAGCUGCUCGCCAAGCUGGAGGAGCAGAACAGGCUCCUGGAGACGGACAGCAAAUCCCUGCGCUCCAUGAACGGCUCGCGGCGGAACAGCGGAUCCUCACUGGUGUCCAGCUCCUCAGCCUCGUCGAACCUCUCGCACCUGGAGGAGGACUCGUGGAUCCUGUGGGGGCGCAUCGUCAAUGAAUGGGAGGAGGUGCGAAAGAAGAAAGAGAAGCAGCUUAAGGAUCUGGUCCGAAUGGGGAUUCCGCACCACUUCCGGGCCAUCGUGUGGCAGCUGCUGUGCAACGCCCAGAACAUGGCCAUCAAAGACCAGUACUCAGACCUCCUGAAGAUGACGUCGCCAUGCGAGAAGCUGAUACGCCGCGACAUCGCCCGCACUUACCCAGAGCAUGACUUCUUCAAGGAGAAGGACAGCCUGGGCCAGGAGGUUCUCUUCAAUGUCAUGAAGGCCUACUCCCUGGUGGACCGCGAGGUCGGUUACUGUCAAGGCAGCGCCUUCAUCGUCGGCCUGCUGCUCAUGCAGAUGCCAGAGGAGGAGGCCUUCUGCGUCUUUGUCAAGCUGAUGCAGGACUACAGGCUGCGGGAGCUCUUCAAGCCUAGCAUGGCGGAGCUGGGCCUCUGCAUGUACCAGUUUGAGUCCAUGAUCCAGGAGGAUCUCCCCGAACUCCACAUGCACUUCCAGGCUCAGAGCUUCCACACCUCCAUGUACGCUUCCUCCUGGUUUCUCACCAUCUUCCUCACCACCUUCCCGUUGCCCGUCGCCACCCGGAUCUUUGACAUCUUCAUGUGCGAGGGCUUGGAGAUCGUCUUCCGAGUGGGCCUGGCCAUCCUGCAGAUGAACCAUGCGGAGCUCAUUCAGUUGGACAUGGAGGGAAUGUUACAGCACUUUCAGAAGGUCAUCCCGCGCCAGCUGGACACGGGCCCAGACAAGGUCAUCCAGGCAGCCUAUCAGUUCAAGUACAAUGCCAAGAAGAUGAAAAAGUUGGAGAAGGAGUACACCACCAUCAAGACCAAAGAAAUGGAGGAACAAGUGGAGAUCAAAAGGCUGCGCACAGAGAACCGCCUGCUGAAGCAGAGGAUCGACACUCUGGAGAAGGAAAGUGCUUCCUUGGCAGAUAGAUUGAUCCAGGGACAAGUGACUCGGGCUCAGGAAGCGGAGGAGAACUACCUGGUCAAGCGGGAGUUGGCCACGCUCAAACAACAGAGCGAGGGGGCCGCCGCUCAGCUGGAGCAGGCCAACCACACCAUCAGGCAGCUUCAGCAGCAGCCGCAAGCGAAGGGGGCACUACGCUGCUCGGAGGAGGCAGUACUGCAGCUGGAGCGAGAGUUGGUGCAGGCCCGGCUGAAGGAGGCAGAGUCCCAGUGCGCGCUCAAGGAGAUGCAGGACAAGAUCCUGGAAAUUGAGAAGCGCAACACGUCGCUGCCGGAUGACACCAACGUGGCUCGACUGCAGGAGGAGCUGAUGGCUGUGACGGUCAGGGAGGCUGAGGCCCUCACAGGCCUCAAGGAGCUACGUCAGCAAGUUCGAGACUUGGAGGACCACUGGCAGCGCCACCUCGCGCGAACGUCCGGCCGUUGGCGGGAGAGUCCCAAGAAAAACACGCUGAGCGAGCUGCAGGACGAGCUGAUGAGCGUGCGGCUGCGGGAGGCCGAGGCGCAGGCCGAAGUGCGAGAGACUCGGCAUAGGAUGCUGGAGCUGGAGACCCAGAAUCACAUUCACGCCAACCAGCUGCGGCGAGCGGAGCAAGAAGCCCGAACCCUUCAGGAUCGCGUUGAGACGUUGACCACUCAGAACAAAGAUCUCCACUCGCAACUCCAGGAUGUCAAGCGACGACAAGCGGAAAUGGAAUGCAAGAGCAAAGAGGAGGUGAUGGCAGUGAGGCUGCGGGAGGCCGACAACAUGGCCGCCAUGGCCGAACUGCAGCAGCAGAUCUCCGAGCUGGAGAUUCAGAAAGAAGAAGGGAAGGUGCAGGGCCAGCUGAACCACAGCGACUCCAACCAAUACAUCACAGACCUCAAAGAUCAAAUUCAAGAGCUCAAACAUGAGAUCUGCUGCCUAAAGGGACAGCGCGGCGUCACCUCCAAACCGGCCGCCUUUGACGGGAUCCACAUCAUCAACAACUACGGGCACCACCACGACCCCGAUGACCCUCACGACGAGGGCUCGUAUCACUCUUCAGACGAGGACGCCACCAAGGACGACAGCGUAGGCGGCCGCCGCACAUUGCUCCAUCCCAAACUGGGUGACACGGACAGUGAGGAAGACGACGACGAUGAGGACAGCGAAGCUUUGAGGCUCUCCGUACCCCCCGCCGCUGCCAAUGUGGGAAAUCGCAAGUCCACCACUGUGUGAUGCAUGGAACUUUCCAGACUGGGGAAGUGAUUGUGACUUGGACAGUACUGAUCCUACAGAGACAGGGUUAGGAACAGGUAAGGAAUUAGUACCCGGUAAGAGACCGUUCAACAUUUUAUUCUCUAUCACACUUCAUUCAAUGGGAUUUUAUAUGAACAUGAUUUUAUAAAUCAACAACGCUACAGCGUGUGUGUGUGUAUGUGUGUAUUGUGGUCAUUUUAUUUUGUUGCCCUCACGUGAAUUAAAUGACAUUUCAAUUAUUUUUGAAUCUACCCGGAGACAAGCCAUCAUGAGAGGAAAUAAUCUGAAAUGGACCUAGGAGGCCUCUCCAAAUGGGCUGCGCGGGAGCGGAGAGGGGCAUCACACAAGGGAGAAAGGGGACGCUUGUUUGUGUUGUGUUUGUUGAUUUAAUGAUACUUGGUUGUAUUUCCAAAGUUAUUCUUUUUUUGUUCACUCCAUUUCACACACUUGGACAGCGACUUGGAACCACACUUUGUUUUUGACCUGGACUGGUCUGGUGCUGGACUUGUAGCCGUACUUUGGCUUUAACUUCAACCUGGAACAGGGCUUCAACUGGGAGUUGUACACAAAGUGGACUUGGACAUGGAUCUACACUUGUGCCUGGAUUCGGAUCUAUACCUGAUUGUUGACUUGUAACUGGACAUAUAACUUUACCACGACUUCAACAUCUACUUGGGACUGAACUUUGACUGGGCUUUGUAAACAGACCUUGACUUCAACCUGGACUGGAUUUGUGAACAUAUUUUUAAUUGGAUCUGGACUUUGACUUGAAUCUGCAUCUGGAGCAGGACUUUUACUUGCACCUGGAUUUGACUCUGCACCAGGAUCUGGACUUGUUCUUGUAUCAGGAUCUAGGCGUUUACUUGGACCUCAAUCUGGCCUCUGAAUUUGGACAAAAGUCAGAGCUCUAAAGCUGGAUCUGAUGUGGUUCAGAUAAUUUUAUCAGCUGGGUGUCAGUGAUGACAUCACAUUUAUCUGGUAGAUGUUUGGACAGCAUCAAUGUUCAACAUAUUUUUUUAAAGCACUUUGGGAGUCGGCCAUACAUUGCACACUCAUCCACGCACAGUUGAGCUUGUGCGCAAGGAGUUGACAAUAUAACAUUUGUUGAAUUUCUAUUAUGAACUGUUUAUCAUAAAAUGGCAGGCAGGCAGGAAAUAUUCGAAGGCUGCUGGUGAUUUUAAACAACAAAACCACAAAAGUCAGAUAACAAUCUGCCACUCAAAAAUCGAGUGCGUGUGAUUAUUGAGUGCGCCUUUAGAUCUCUGCUGUGAUUUACUGACAUGGAUUCCGUACAGCAGGGGUGUCAAACUCUGAAUGUAACCCCUUAUAAUCUCAGACUACAAGACUUUUUUUUGUAUCCAUUCACGAUCGUUGCCCUGUGAGACUACAAGACAAAUAUGUUCUGUGUGAUGGACUUAUUUUUUAAUAAAAGCCUUCACGUUUAAAAUAAAA